AUGAAUCUGUUCCCGCAGCCGCGUGACGAGCGCGUGCCUAUCGCUCGUAUAGAAAUAGUACAACCGACCGCGGACGAUUGCUGCGACCCUCCACCUCCUGAAGGAAACGUGAAACACCUAAAUUACCGACUCCUCAACGAGAACGUGCGAGCUUACACACCAACCGGAGAUAUCAACACGUCCCCGAGCAAAGGAAAAAUUGUGUCGAGGUUCGACGUAUGUUCCGCCAUUUCGCCUCCCCGUUCCAAAAUCUUGGAGCUGUUAAGGCCCGAAGAUCCAGGACGUGAAACGCUGGAGGCGAUAGUUCGACCGGCGUCCCGAAGGGGCCUCACUCGUCCGUUCGACGAUGAUACGAGACGUUUCUUGCAACGAGCACUAUUGUCGCCAAGUCCACAAGGCUUAUCCGCGGCUCCAACGCCCGAACCUACGGUCGAGGACCCGCCUAGUGAAGUCGUGAUUGAAAACCCUCGACUGACCAGCACGCCGAGGGCGGAAUUGAAACGGGAGCGGUCACUAGCUGACGAAUUGAGGGAAGCAGAGGAGGACGAGCGAUCGGGAGCUAUCAGGAGGGAUAUUUGGAGUGAAUUGAGAAAAGGUGGAGUAAAAGAGUGGGUGGAGCGAGAGCGGUUGGGGAAACUGGCGCUGUCCGUGGAGGAGGACGAGGACGAGGAGCACGGGGGUCUGUAUGCGGCGGCGCGGAAGCUGGACGCGCUGCUGGCGGAGUCGCGUGCGCUGCACCGCGAACUGGCGGGCAUACAGCGGGACAUGCAGGUGCUGGCUCGCCGCGCGGCGUCCCGCGACCCAUGA